AAUAUACUUUUUUUGUACAUAAAUUGUGAAGACUGGGUCUAUUAAAAUCUCUCACUGCUAUUUUUUCCUGCAUUAUUAUAUAAUACUAUGUGGCACGAUCAUGGAAGCUAUAUCAAGGUAAAGAAAGCUAAACUUGAGAAGCAGCAACAAGAUAUCCAAGAUUUGGGCGCAUCGCUUUUUAAAGGGAUGUCUUUUUACGUUGAUGGCUAUACCAGCCCGUCUGCAAUGGAGUUGAAGCACUUAAUAGUUAAACAUGGAGGUAUUUACCACCAUUUCUUUUCUUCGUCAAAAACUACUCACGUUAUAGCUACCUCUGUUCCUCCAAGAAAACAUAACCACUUCAGAAAACAAAAAGUCGUGCGGCCCAAAUGGAUUACCAGUUGCAUUGCUGAACAUAAAUUAUUAGAUCCUUACGACUACCUCAUAAUUCCAGAGCAUCAGAAAACAAUAUUUUUUCCAGCGGAUAACCGGGAUAUCAACGUCGUCGAUGAGAGAAUUAACCAUAGCGAAGUUACUACCAGCAGUGUUACCUCAAAUUUAACUACGAACAACAUUCAUGAGAAUGAUAAUAAUAAUAUUAAAAGCAGUAACAGUAAUAAACUUCAAAAUGAAAGUCUGAGAACACUGCUAGAAGAGCAUUACACGACAGACACGUCUUUUAUUAAGGCAUAUUAUCGAAGCUCGAGGCUUAGUCACUUGUCUAAAUGGAGAGCAGAAGUGAAAGAGCUCACUAGUUCUCUUCAGAAAAAUACUGCCAAAAAGUCUUCUCAACUAAAUUUCAUAACAAAUAAGCGCUUGAGGUACAUCUUCCACGUGGAUAUUGACGCCUUUUUUGUUAGUGCAAGUCUUUUGCAGUUCCCACAGUUUCGCGAGUUGCCUGUGGUAAUUUGCCAUUCUCAAGCGGACUCGUCUAGUUUCGCCUCGACCAGUGAGAUUUCCAGUUGUAAUUAUGUAGCUCGUCAAAAAGGAAUCAAAAGUGGAAUGAUGCUUUGCCGCGCUAAAAGUUUGUGCCAAAACCUUAUCACACUUCCUUAUGACUUUGCACUCUACAAAAAAGUGAUGGGAAAGUUUUACGAAGUGGUUAUGUCUUAUUCAGUCGAUGUACAGGGCGUGAGUUGCGACGAAGUGUUUAUGGAUGUCUCUGCAGUUGUUUCGGACAUUACUGAAGCGAAAAAUCUCGCUGAAAAUAUCAAACAAAAGAUUUUAUGCGAAACGGGCUGCACUGCGUCAAUCGGUGUCGGCUCGAACAUGUUUCUGGCUCGGUGUGCAACCAAGUUUGCCAAGCCUAGCAAUAUAUAUCACCUUGCUCUCGAGAAUUUUGAAGCUAUUUCUUCGGGAUUGCCGGUGAGGGAAUUGCCAGGUAUCGGGCAUUCCCUCAGUAAGCAGUUGUGGGACAAAAACGUACGGACCUGCGCAGAAUUGAGACGGCUUGAUAUUGCCUUCUUGCGGUCCACCUUUGGUAAAGGGACGGGAGAGCUACUAUAUCGGCUUUCCCGCGGCAUCGACAGGAGCCCCUUGAAAACUGUUCAGCCACGAAAAAGUGUGUCUGUGGAGAUUUCGUGGGGCGUUCGCUUUCGGGUUGUAGAAGAGGUGCAUAACUUUAUUAAAGAACUUUCUUGUGAGCUUCACGAGCGGCUUGAACGGUUAAGCUCUACAGGGAAAAGUCUCACUUUAAAGGUGAAAGCGGCGAAGGAGGGACACGAGCGCCCCGCCAAAUUUCUCGGCCACGGAGUCUGUGUGGAGUUUAGUAAAACCUCCAAAGUUCCCGCCAUCCAUAACUCUUCUGUGAUCUCAAAUUGCUCUAUUGGCUUAUUUGACAAGUUGUGCAUCCACCCUACCAAAAUCCGGGGGAUAGGGAUCCAUAUUUCUAAGUUGUUUCCGAAAGGGGGACUGGCCACUCGCUAUUUGAAAAAAGUCGAGACGAGCGAGAACAGCGCUGCAGCCACUAGCAAUGAAGCUUCCGGCGUCUCAGCUAAUCACAGCGGAGAAAAUGAGAAGAUCUUCUACAGUAGUCUACCUUCCCAGUCAAAGGUUGAUCCUCACGUGUUCGCCAGCUUGCCUUCCUCCGUUCAGAAGGAACUCCUCUCCGCAUUCGAGAAGAAGAAACUUUAUCUAGCUUCUCGGCAUAAUGACGGGCGGUUAAAGCAAAGUCUGGUCUCCUUUACUACCUUCCCCCUCAUUGAAGUUACUGCCAUGCUGCGGGAGUGGAUACCAGCUCACGAGCCCGACUUCCGGGAAGUCGAUCUUUUUAUUGUGUACCUUUUGCAGCUCCUUGAAAACAGAGAACUAUCGGACGUUCGUGAUAUUUUAAGGCACAUGACAAGCCUGGCCAGCAUUAGCCCAGCGUGGACGAAUGAAGCUCGCAAAGUCUCCGAGGCUGUCCAGCAGUGGAUGAUUCACAACUGGGGGGCGCGACUAAAGCUCGCCCGACCUUGAAACGCCUUCCCGUCUACUGCAAAGUCGAGUUCGGGGGGGAAACCCUCG